AUUACGCGGCGAAAUGUCGCUCCAAAGCGCCACAGCCGACUGAACUACAAGCACUGACUGCAGCUAAAUGAGAUUCUAGGAUGGAAAAGUCGCUGAGGGGAAACCUGAGGAGAGGAGUGGGGGUCUGCCUUCUGCUGCUGGCUCUCGUACACGAGGCCCCGGGCCAGAGGAGGACAGGAUGCAGGAACAACUACAGGAUGCAUGAUGAUGGAGGAAACGGUCUGACAUGUUCACUGGAGGUGGCUUUCAUCCUGGACAGCUCCGAGAGUGCAAAGAUACUCCUGUUUGAGAAGCAGAAGGCCUUCGUGUUGAGCUUCAGCACCCGCCUCUCUAUGCUGCAGGUAGCCGGCCGGACGCUGAAGAUGCGACUGGCCGCCCUUCAGUACAGCAGCUCCGUGUCCGUGGAGCACCGGUUCUCGGCCUGGAAAGACCUGGAUUCAUUUCACAGUCGAGUCAGCACCAUGAGCUACAUCGGCCACGGCACCUACACCACCUACGCCAUCACCAACGCCUCGCAGCUGCUGGUGCAGGAGACGCCGGCGGACAGCGUCAGGGUUGUGGUGCUGAUGACUGACGGGGUCGACCAUCCCCGCAGCCCCGAUGUGAUCGCGGCUGCAGCGGAGGCCAAAGGUCACGGCAUAAAGUUCUUCACUGUUGGUCUGUCGGGCAUCAGUCAGCAGAGUCAGAAUAACGCCAAGCUCCGGGCCAUUGCCAGCACACCCGCUCAGCAGUUUGAGCUCCGGGCCAUCGCCAGCACACCCGCUCAGCAGUUUGUCCAAAGUCUUCUGGAUCCUCAGCUGGAGGAGAAGAUGCUCAAAGAGAUGGGUGCAGUCGCAUUGGAUGAGUGUCCACAGGCUCAAGUGUGUUUGUGUGAAAGAGGAGAGAAGGGCCCUCAUGGAAGUCCAGGUAGAAAAGGGGACGCAGGCUUCAGAGGGACAGCUGGUCUAAAGGGAGCGAGGGGGGAGUCGGGCUUGAACGGUCGACCUGGAAGUGAUGGUCCAGAGGGUCGUCCAGGUUAUAAGGGAUACAAGGGGGAGAGAGGAGACUGUGGCACUCCGGGGGAGAAGGGUGACACCGGACCUGAGGGACCGCCAGGCCAGCGAGGAACAAAAGGAGAACAGGCUGCAAUAGGACCUCCAGGAGACAUGGGACCUGAGGGCCCAGCAGGACCUAAAGGGGACAGAGGACCCAACGGUGCUUCUGGACCACCGGGGGACAUUGGUAUCAGGUUCCCAGGAGCCAAGGGUGAAAAAGGCAUCCAGGGAAGAUCCGGUCCCACAGGUCCUGUUGGUAUAGGAGAACCAGGACUACCAAGUCCCCCAGGAUCACCAGGAGUGCAAGGAGUCCCCGGACCACCUGGAGAGGGGUUUCCAGGGCCGAAGGGCGAUCGAGGGUACGAAGGUCCCAGAGGCAAUCGAGGACUUACUGGUGCUGGGGUCAAAGGUGACCAGGGAGGUCACGGGCCGCCUGGCUCUCCUGGUCCAGUCGGUGCUCCUGGUUCAGGACUUCAAGGGGAAAAGGGGGAUCAAGGCCCAGUUGGUGCUGCAGGCCCCAGAGGAGCUCAAGGUAUUGGAAUAACAGGACCAAAGGGGAUCCAGGGCCUCACAGGUGAGCCCGGACUGACCGGUGAGAGAGGUGUCGGAGAGCCAGGACCUAAAGGCGACCCGGGCUCCGAGGGGUUAACAGGUAUACCAGGUGAGCGAGGAGAGGAUGGGGCCUCGGGACAAAAGGGUGACGUUGGGUUACCGGGGCCCAGAGGACCUGACGGUGCUCCUGGUAAAGGCACACCUGGAGGAAAGGGGGACAGAGGGGACAGGGGAACCAGAGGACAACCAGGUGCAGUCGGUCCUGUGGGGCCGAUGGGGUCAAAGGGGGAACCAGGAAAUAUGGGUCCACCAGGUGCAACUGGACCACCAGCGAGGGGUGUAGCUGGUGCCAAGGGAGAACUGGGCCUACCGGGUCCAGCUGGAGCUGUAGGAGAGCCGGGGACGGGUUUAACUGGACCCAAGGGGGACAGAGGGUCUGCAGGGCCUCCUGGGACACCUGGACUUAAAGGUGAUGGUUACCCCGGCUCUACAGGACUUCCGGGGCCUCCUGGUCUGAAGGGAGAGACCGGAUCAGAUGACGUCGGUUUACCUGGAACAAAGGGAGACAGAGGCUUGCCUGGACCUCCUGGACCUGCUGGGCCAGCUGGAGUUGGCCUAAUUGGUCCAAAGGGUUCACUUGGCCAAAGGGGAGCACCUGGUGCACAAGGGUCACCUGGAGAAGGCAUUCAAGGACAAAAGGGGGAGACUGGAUUUCAGGGGAUCCUCGGCCCCAGAGGUCCUCCAGGACAAGGUCUGCAUGGGGACAAGGGGGAUCGAGGGUUCAGAGGUGAAAAAGGCAAAAGUGGAGACAAAGGACAACUAGGAGAGGCCGGAGCCAUCGGACCUUUGGGUAGACUGGGACAAAAGGGAGAGCCGGGACUUACAAGGGAAGAAAUCAUCACAAUAGUGAGAUCCAUAUGCAGUUGUGGAGUGACCUGCCGCCAAACCCCCUUGGAGUUGGUUUUUGUGAUCGACAGCUCCGAGAGCGUCGGCCCGGACAACUUCAACAGGAUCAAAGACUUUGUAAACGCCCUGAUCGACCGAGCCUCGGUCAGCCGGGACACCACGCGGGUGGGUGUUGUGCUUUACAGCCACAUCAACAUGGUGGUGGUCAGCCUCAGACAGGAAGCCACCCGCGACGAGAUCAAGUCUGCGGUGCGCUCCAUGACCUACCUGGGCGAGGGCACGUUCACGGGCAGCGCCAUCCAACAGGCCAACCAGGUGUUCAAGGGGGCGCGGGCAGGUGUGAGGAAGGUGGCCGUCGUCUUCACGGACGGGCAGGCCGAUAAAAGAGACGCGGUCAGUCUGGAGAGCGCGAUGUCAGAAGCUCGGGGAAGUGACAUCGAGACGUUUGUGAUCGGCGUGGUGAACGAGAGCGAUCCUCUGUAUGAGGAGUUCAAGAAGGAGCUCAGUCUCAUGGCGUCUGACCCCGACAGCGACCACGUGUUCCAGAUCGAGGAAUUCAAAGCACUUCCCGCUCUGGAGGGGAAACUGCUAAGUCGUAUCUGCGAGGACGGAGCGAGACGUUUGUUCAGCUCCGUCCCGAGCUCCAGACUGUCUCCAGGAACCCCAGAGGUCUCCGGUAACGUUCGAAAGCUUCCGUACAGGACCGAUACCGACACCCCCACCUUCACAGGGGACUUCAGGAGGGUUCAGAUGUUGCCCGGCCCUCCAGCGUCGCAACCCGCCAGAGAACCCAUCACUCCACCGAGACCCGAGACUGACGACAGAAUCGACUCAGAGACUCCCAGAUUCCCAUACUUCGACAGGGAGCCCUUCAGACCGGUCACAGAGCUCCUCCCACGGUUUGACACGAAGGACAACAACCACCACGUGGUGAUGACGGGAACAGUCGGGCCCGCGAGUCCCACUCCGAGGGCCCCGUCUGAGGAGAAGACACAGCCGCCGACGCCUCCUCCACUGCUGCCUUCUGACACCUACGCAGCGGAGCGCUGCAUCCAGGUGCUGGAUCUAGGACCGUGCCGGGACUACGUGGUGAAGUGGUACUACGACGCCACAGCGAAUUCCUGCGCUCAGUUCUGGUUCGGAGGCUGUCAGGGAAACAACAACCAGUUUGAGACCGAGAGGAGCUGCAGAGAAACAUGCGCGAAGGUCUAACACGCACAUGGACCCUUCAGUCACGAACAAAACAUUCUGCUGCGACUUUGCCAUGAUGUUCACCUCAACAUCAGCGCAUUGGUGCUUCGACACGGAUAGGGAAAAUAAACAGCUAAUGUUAUAUAACGGGCAUCAUUGCACCAAAAUUGUUCAGUGGGCCAAGUACUAUUAAUAUGUUUUAUUCCUGUUGGCCAGAGGGAUUUGUGUAUUAAUAUUGUGAACCAAACUAAGCUAAAGCAGAGAAAAUGAUGCCUGUGAUGUUACUCACACACUGUGGAAAAGUUCCUUUAAGAAAUAAAACGAACUUUGUAACCACUAACCUUUAAGAAAAAGUAACCCUUUUGUAUGAUGCAAUGAUGUAUUUUUUUUACUUAAUGUCUUAAGUUUUUUUUAUGUUUUGUAAUACUGUGAAAUGUCAUUAAAGGAA